CGCAUGCGCAGUGCGGCGGUUGCGGCGGUACGCGUGAGCAGGACGUUGAGGUCAGCUCAUUUGGACCUUCAGGAAGAGUGAGAGUCCUGAGCCUGCGGCACUGAGCUCUCUGCUUUGUAAAAGAUGGAUUUCCAGCACAGAGCCGGUGGUAAAACCGGCAGCGGCGGGGUGGCCUCUGCCUCAGAGAGCAACCGAGACCGCCGAGAACGUUUACGUCAGCUGGCUUUGGAAACAAUAGACAUAAACAAGGAUCCGUAUUUCAUGAAAAACCAUUUGGGCUCAUAUGAAUGCAAACUGUGUCUCACACUUCACAAUAACGAGGGAAGCUACCUUGCUCACACACAGGGAAAGAAGCACCAGACUAAUUUAGCAAGACGAGCUGCCAAAGAGGCAAAAGAGGCGCCUGCCCAACCAGCCCCUGAGAAAGUAAAGGUAGAAGUGAAGAAAUUUGUAAAGAUUGGACGACCGGGUUACAAAGUAACAAAACAGAGGGACCCAGAAACUGGUCAACAAAGUCUGCUUUUCCAGAUUGACUACCCUGAGAUUGCAGAGGGUAUUGGACCCAGACAUCGCUUUAUGUCUGCAUAUGAGCAGCGUAUUGAGCCACCUGACCGUCGUUGGCAGUAUCUGCUCUUGGCAGCAGAGCCCUAUGAAACUAUUGCAUUUAAGGUUCCGAGCAGAGAGAUAGACAAAUCAGAAAGCCGCUUCUGGACGCACUGGAACAGGGAAACAAAACAAUUUUUUCUGCAGUUCCACUUCAAGAUGGAAAAGCUUCUGCAGCAGCCCAGUGGACCAGCACCUCCUGCUGGCAUCAAACGUCCUCCUCCUCUGAUGACUGGCCUUGGACCCCGACCGCCUAGCGAAGCAGUGCCUCCCCCACCUCCUGGAGGCAUCCCAGGCAUGCCUCCCCUGCCUCCUAACGCCCCUGCACCUCCUCAGAUGGCCCAUGCUCCUGGCAUGCCUCCUCCUGGCACACUGCCACCUCACCUGAGACCACCAAUGCCUGCAGAAGGAGGAAUGCCUCCUCCAAACAACUGAGCAUGAAGCUUUGGAGAUCGUCUUUACAAUGGAUUUGUUAUGGUUUUGAUCGACGGUCUGUGAAUGCAAUUUUCUAUAACAGUUUAAUUUUUUGUAAAUAACAACCGGAGGUCCAUAUACAUCAGGAUGUUGGUUAUUUUUGUAAUGUUUUGUGACUAUAUUCCUAUAAGGAGUUUAGCCUAGCACCACAAAUCUGCUUCAAAUCCAUUUGGAACACAGUUUGAGCCUAUAUACAACUAAUUCAUACAUUUGGUAUGAUAUACAGCUGGAAUAAUCGGUUUGGUCAAACCAUUCCUUUAGUUUAAAGGAAUACUUCAGGAAUACUUGCUUCGGAACUUGUAGGGAGGCUUCUGUUGUAACUGUUUUGAGUGAACAGGUGUCCGUUCUUUUACUAAGUUAAGGGGAUUACUUUUUUCUGUGGUAAUCAAUCGUGCUACAGGUGUGGCAGUUAGAGCCAUGUUUAACACUGGAGUAUUCCUUUAAGCUUGCUUGUCAAUCUGUGAGUCUAGCACCCCCAUCAGUCCAGAGUAGUUGUUUUAUUUUCAAUAAAUGUCACGUCUGUAGUGAGGCUACCACAGCCACCUUACCAUAACAUCAACUUUUUUUAUUAUUAAAAUCUCAGAAACGAG